UUUGCCAGGUAACCCAGGUGAAGAGGAAGAAGAAGAAAAAAACGCAGGGAGAGGGUGAACGAGCUGCAGCCACAGAGAUCUCGCUCUCAUUCUGGAUAUGUUAACACACCUUCCACAUGGCUGUGAUCUCCUGAUGAUGCCCGCUGCAGGUGGGAUCUGGACUUCCUAGGUAACUUCUCCACUGCUAUGACCUACCUGGCUCACACCGCCCACGCCCAGCUCGUCGCCCUCUGGCUGGGCUGUGUGGGCUGGACGCUCACUGCCGUGGCCCUUGGGCUCAUCCAGUGGAGGGUUUGGCAGGUGUCCGACAGGGAGGUCAUCAGCUCGGGGGUGGCCUGGGUGGGCGUGUGGCGGGCCUGCUUCAACAGCCACACCCUGGUGACCCCUGGCUUUAGGGUCAUGCACUGCAAGUACAUCAGCCUGACCGAGGCCUUCACGCCGCCAGAGAUCAUGGCAGGUCAGAUUCUCAUGCUACUGUCUCUGCUCGUGGGGCUGUGUGGGAACGCUGUCGGCGUUUAUGCCUUGAGGAACGCCUACUUUGGGUUGGAGAAGUCCCCGCCGAUCCGUUUGGUGUUCUCCACCACCGGUGCGCUGUGCCUGUUGGCCGCUGGGAUGUCACUCAUACCUCUCCUGUGGAACCUGAGCUCAGUGGUGACCAAUCAGACCAUAAAGUUCCCCCCGGAGUUUAAAAUGCCCCCAGCUCCUGAUUCUCAACGCGUGGGGGUCGGCAUUGGGGUCGGGCUGGUGGGGACGGUCCUGAUGAUCUUCUCUGGGAUUACUUUCUGUACGUACAGGUUACCAGUGAGGUCACAGCCGUCUCUGAGAGAAGAGCUGCACCUGGACUCACCUGUGCAAUCUGCGACUUACAACCGGGGGGCUUUCACAAGCUCUGGGGGCAAAGACAACCCAGCGUUUGAGGCUCAGGAACACUUAUAAAUAUCAUCAUAUCUUUUUUCCCCUUGUGCAGUUUAUAUCCUUUCUCUAGAUAUACUCUAUACCCAACCUGGGGGUCGGGACCUCCACUAGGGGGCUUCACAGGGGGGUAGCGAGGCCUUCUUGAUUUUAAGGGGUGCUAGAGAACAAAUCCUUAAAUUGUUAAGUAAAUUGUCUAAUAGAACACAACACUGAAUUUGUUUUCAGUUACUGAGUUUAUUAUUUGGGUUUGUUGUAUGUGUUAAAUAUCCAUAAAAUAUGUCACUUAUUCAGUUUACUAAAUGUUAGAAAACAGGACCUUUAAGGAAAAAGGUUGGGGACCACUGCUCUGUGGUACUGUGUCAUAUAUUAACAUGGAUCUCCAGCUCACUGUUUUUAUUUAAAGGUCCCCUAAAAACAUGUAUUAAGACACACAUACCAAUAAUCAGCUUGGAACAAUAAUGUCUGUCUGGUAUGUUAUUUCUGCAAAAAAGUAUAAUUUUUCUAUGGUAAAAUGCUUCUACCUCAUUAAAGAUUCCAAGGGUUGUUGCGGCCUGAAAUUACAAAAACAUUGCGAUUCAUGUUGGUUUUUGCAAGAAGAUGAAAGACACUGGAAGAUAUAAAGGGCUGUAUAGAAACCAGAGGCUCUGCAACCUCUGUAAGGACGUAAUGUAAUCGUGUCGCAUUUUGUUUGAAUGUAAGCAUAAUGAACUACUGCUUUCAUAAUGCUAAAGUAUAUUUUAGAAACCUAUGUUUAGAUUGAUUUUUGAUUGUAAUCAGAUAAGCCUGAAAUUAUCUGUAAACUAGCUCCUUAUGAAGAAUGUCCUUCCUUUGUUUAAGUAACAUUUGUUGUACUUCAGCUGUGUGCUAUCAUUUCAUACCAUCAUGGUCAUG